GGCUGGGAUAAACCAUGAAUUACUACAGCACGGGUGCGUGUGUGUGCGCGUCCCCGUGCAAAGAGGGGUACAUUGUGUAGUUGUCUUUUAUUAUCGUUCAUGACCCUGUGGUCAGAAAUCGGCUGGGGGUCACCUUUACCUCCGUCCUCGCCCUAAAAGACAGCGAGUCUAAAUUCUGCGACUGCCGUUAUACCGCACCACGGAUCUGCGCACAAUAAGGGAUAACAGCAGCGUCAAACGCCGGUUAUGCAAGAGAGGAUGACGAGAACAUGAUAACCGCCGAUGGCCUCUCCAAACGCGAGGCGACCCCGGCUGCAGGGCGGCCACCGGAGAUGCUGCACCUCCUGUCCGCGGUCUUCGUCUGGCUGGUGACGGGCACCACCAUAUCCAGUCUCAACAAAUGGAUCUUCGCUGUGUACAACUUCAGGUACCCGCUGCUGCUGUCGGCGCUGCACAUGCUGACGGCCAUCGUGGUGGACUAUGGGCUGAUAAAGCUGCGAGUGGUGCGCCGCAGGGCCGGGACCGAGCAGGACCUGACGGCCAGCGCCAAGUUCAAGGUGUUUUUACUGAGUCUGACCUUCUGCGCCAGCAUCGCUUUCGGAAACGUCGGACUCAACUACGUGCAGCUGUCCUUCGCGCAGAUGAUCUACACCACCACGCCGAUGUUCACGCUGGCCAUCUCCACGCUGGUGCUCGGGAAACAACACCACAUCCUGAAGUACACGGCCAUGAUGCCCAUCUGCCUGGGCGCCUCCUUCAGCGUCAUGGGCGAGGUCCAGUUCGACCAGACCGGCUGCUUCUUCGUGUUCGCCGCCACCAUGCUGAGGGGGGUUAAGAGCAUUCAGCAAAGUAUCCUGCUUCAGGAGGAGAAGAUAAACUCGGUCUUCCUGCUCUACCUGAUGUCCAUCCCCAGCUUCUGCAUCCUGGCGGUGGCGGCGCUGGUGCUGGAGAACUGGGCGGGGCUGGAGUCUCCGCUGCAGUACGACCGGCGCCUCUGGGUCUUCAUCCUGCUGAGCUGCCUGGGCUCGGUGCUGUACAACCUGGCCAGCUGCUGCGUGAUCACGCUCACCUCCGCCGUCACGCUGCACAUUCUGGGGAACCUGAGCGUGGUGGGCAACCUGCUGCUGUCGCAGCUGCUGUUCGGCAGCGAGCUGUCCGCCCUCAGCUGCGCCGGCGCCGCCCUCACCCUCACCGGCAUCCUCAUCUACCAGAACUCUGAGCUCAUCGCCCGCUACCUGGAUGCUCGGCGCGGCCGGCGCACUGUGCCGGAGCCUGACCUCGACACUGACCGCAGCACCGAACACCCCCCCAACCCCGGUGCUGACCACCUCCCUGACCACAGCACUGACCACCUCCCUGACCACGGCACUGACCACAACGCUGACUGCCUACCGCACAGCAAGACAGACUGAGAGGGGAGAGAGUCGGGAUGGUGCAGACUGGACACCUGGACCUUUUUCAGCACCUACCCCCCCCCACCCCACC